AUGUUUUCUGGUUUAUUUACAAAGAAACCUGCAAAUACUAAUAAUAAUAAUAAUGAUACAACAACGAGUGUUCAACAAAAUGAACCUACUACACCUGCAACUACACCUAUCAUAACUACGACAACAACCUCACCAAAAAAGAUGGAUAUGUUUCAAUCUUUAAAUAUUGUCAAGAAGCAACCUGCACAACCAAGACAAUCGGUACAACAAAUUGCAACACAUACUACUCAACAACAACAACAACCACCUGUGUCUUUGAAUCAACUCGAUUCAUCAUCAUUUACUCAUCCUCUUCAACAACAACAACAACAAGAAGACCAAAAUGUAUUCAUUCAACAACAACAACAACAACAACAACCUAUCAUAUCAAAUGAUACUUUACCUCAAAUGAUAAAUGACCCUGCAAUUGAAGUUGAAAGCAACAACAACAACAACAACAAUAUAGAGAUACCUACUACAACUCAAGAAGAACAAAAACAAGUAGAAGAAGAAGAAGAAAUAGAUGAUAAUUCAAAAUUAAUUCAAACAUGGAAAGAAAAGAAUAGUAUUCUAAGAUACACAGUUGAAGUUAUAAAAGAUGAUUACAAGAAACUAUACAAACAAAGAAAAGAACUGAAUAGAGAAUUAUUGGAUAAUAUAAAAAAGGUAGAGGGACUUGAAGAACAACAGUUGGAGGCUGUUGAACGUGAAGACUAUGAUUUGGCUAGUCAAUUGGAUGUAGAGAUGCAAUCAGUCAUUCAAAGAAACCGAGAAAUACAACGUAAUUUAAUCAAAUCACUCGAUGCUUUGAUGAACGGUGACGAUACCUAUGAUGCAACCAAAGAUCAACGUGAAACCAUACGUUCAUUGGUAGAGAAAUUGGAAUCGAUUCGAUUGGAAAAGGACAAAGAACUGGGAAUCUAUCAACAUAGUGUCGAAGAAAAGAUCAAUAAUCUUCAAGAUGACAUUAACGUUAAAAAGGAAACAAUCGAUCGUGAAAAGAGUCAUUUACAAUUGGAUCGUGAUCUAUUGGAAAAAGAUCAAUCUGCACUGCAAGAAAUCAUCAAUCAACAAGCAUCACCAUUCAUCGAUGAAAAGAAUCAAUUAUUGGAUCAAAAGAAAUCACAACAACAAGAAAUAAAUGAUAUUCUACUCAUACUUGAAGAAAAAAAGAAACAAAUGGAAUCUACAAACCGAGACAUUGAAUCAUGUGAUGAAAAGAUUGACAGUGUAGCAUCAAAGUUUACAAAAGAAAAUGAUAGAUUAAAAAAGAAAAAAGAAAAUAUUCUAGAAAAAGAUGAUCAUAUUAAUCAAUUAGUUGAUGAAUUGGAUAUACUUGAAAAUAAUUUAGUUGAAAUGAAACAUCCAAAGGAUUUGGAAUCAUUUAAUACCAUCCGUGAAAUCGACCAAGUACUACAAGAGAACCAAGAUAUUUUAAAUAGAUUCCAAAAUACAUUCACAGAUAUUAAAACUAAAAAGGAAAAGUUUAAAUUAAUUAAUAAUGAUAUAAGUCAAUUUAAUUUAAAUAUUGAACAAUUAAAUGAAAAAAUUAAAUCAAUCAAUGUUGAUGUUGAAUCUAUUCAAUCAUCUAAAUUAUCAAAACAAAAAGAUUUAUUGGUAUUAAAGAAUGCAAUCAAUGUUAUUAAUGAAACGAUACCUCAAUUGGAAUUGGCUAAAAAUACAGCCAAAGAGGCAAAGAAAUUCACAGAGGCUGGUGCCUUGUUGAAUGAUAUUAAACAACAACAACAACAAUUACUCGAUAAACGACAGACACUUUCACAAUUACAGGAUUCUUUGGAGCAUGAUACAAACAAUAUUAGUAAUCUUGGUGAAGAGUUGGAGAUUAUCACCGCUCAACUCUCUGAACAGGAAUCACAAAUGUACAUUUGUUUACAUACCCAUUUUUCACAAAGACUUGAUGAAAUCAAACAACAGCAGCAAUCAUCUGAAUCAACCACCAUAGCAGAUGAUGAUUCAUCAUUGGAUACGAUCGAACAACAAACACCAAGCAGGGAGGGAGCCAUCCAAACUGACAGUGGAAUUUAA